AUGGAAUAUUUAUCAAAAAAUUACGACGGUAAUUAUCAAGAAAUUUCAACACCGACAUUUACGACAGAAAAUUCUGAUAAUUUUUUCAAUCAUCAAUUUAUACAAAAUUCAAAUUAUUUUUAUGGCUAUCAAGUUAAUAAUUUUAAUAAUUAUUACUUUCAAAAUGGAGAUGAAAAUUUUUCAUACGAAGAAAAAACUAUCAACAGUGAAAUGAAAUCAAACUCGUGGGAAAAUUCAAGCGGAUUGUUAUCGAUACCAAGAGAAGAAAAUAGUUGCAAUUACUCGACAAUAAACGGUACCGAGAUUCCCGCAGAUCAGAUCGAACAUAUCGAAGAUACGCAAGAGUUUGAAGACCUGGCUGUCAAGUCUUCAACCUCCGAAUAUGGUAAGUUGUCUUUACCUUCAUCUUCCGUCCUCCAUCCUACAUCAUAUUUUCUGAUUGAUAUACUAAUCGCUAUUACAGGUACAAAAAAGAAAGAUAAAAAAUUAUCACCUAGCAGCAACAAAUUGCGUAAAGAAAGAACGGCAUUUAAUAAAACUCAGAUAAAACAAUUGGAAAUAGAAUUUUUACGGAGCAAUUAUUUGACACGCUUACGCAGAUACGAAAUAGCUGUCACUCUUGAUCUUACUGAACGUCAAGUAAAAGUUUGGUUUCAGAACAGAAGAAUGAAAUGGAAAAGAACCAAAAACACAAUAAUUUAUCCUCCAGUUAUCAACUGA